AUGGUUCAGCAUUGUGUCAAUGCUGCUAGUACAGAUUUUGCUUCGUACAAUGCUAAGAAACAACGUGAUGCUGCAGAUGUAGUUGGCAGUAAAUCUUCAUCGAUAAAUAGCAACAACAACAAUAAUAAUAAUGCGCUUCACCAUCAUAUACUUACAUUGGGCUCAAUGCAAUAUGGUACUGUUGAUUUUGUUUCUAAUGUAUUACCAUUGACAACACAUUCAUAUUCACCAAUAUCAAAUGAACCAUUGCCAUCUGAUUCAGCAUUGUACUAUAAAACAAAUACAACUGUAUCAUCAUCAUCAUCAUCUGGUUAUGAAUCUGUUCUAUCGAAUACAUCAAAAUCACGACGCUCAUUUUUUUCACGUUUAAAACGUUUAAUGAAUUUCCCAUCGACAAAAAAAUUGUCUGAUUAUCAAAUAUCAAAUAUAAAUAAUACGAAUGAACAAAAUUUGAAUAAUGUGACUUCACCAAUCGCAUUUAAAAAUCCAAAUCAAUCAGCAGGAAUGAAUAACAAUUCGAAUGAACAAAGAAAACAUUCUUUAACACGUGUAGAUAUUCGACGAAAAUCAACUCGUCGUACAUUAGCGCCAGCAACUCAACAUGUGCCAUUUGUAUAUGGACUUAAAAAUUGUGGCAAUACAUGUUUUAUCAAUGCAAUUGUUCAAUGUUUAUGCCAUACAGAACAGUUAGCCUCAUAUUUUCUUCGCAAAGGUUAUGAAAUCGACAUACGUAAUAUAAAAAAUGCAAUAGUUGAUUAUCAACAUUCAUCCACAUCGCAACUGCAUGGUUUUAAAGUAACAAAAUCGUUCGUACAAAUUUUUCAAGCCUUAUGGAAUAAUUCAUCGAAUACAACAUCAAAGUUAUCCUAUGAUUUUAAAACAAUCAUCGGUAAUCUCAAUCGACAAUAUUCCGGCAAUGAACAAAAUGAUGCUCAAGAAUUUUUAUUAUUUCUUAUUAAUACAAUUCACGAUGAAUUAAAUUUAGUUGCGAAUAAUAGAGUUCGACAACAAACUAAAAAUUCAUUUUCUUCGACAACAAUUUCUUCUCAAUCGUCAUCAUCACUUGCAUCUGUUGAAUUAGCACGACGUGCUUGGUCAGAUUAUACAGAUGCAAAUCAAAGUAUCAUAACGUCGACAUUCAGUGCACAACUUCAUUCAACAUUACGUUGUAAUCAAUGUAAACAAGAGAGUAAAACGUUCGAACCCUACUUAUUAUUAUCAUUACCAAUACCGCAAAAAAUUAUUAAACCUGUUUUUAUUACUGUUGUCUUUCUUAACCAAUCGCCUAAACAAUUACAAAUUGCUUUAUGUUUACCAGUAACCAAUACAGUGAAAGAUGUACGAGAAGCAAUUGCUCAACAAUCAAAUCUUGAUCCAAAUGAUCUUGCUCUUGUCGAAAUACAACAGCAUACUGGUUUUUCUCAAGUAUUUCACGAUACAGAGCCAAUGUCUCGAUUAACACAUGAUAUUUUUGCUAUACAAUUUCCGUCGUCAAGAACAGAAAGUAAUGAACAUGUUGCAUCUGCUGCCGACUCAACGAAUCAAUCAUCAUUAUCGAAUAAUUCAUAUGUUAAUUUACUUGUACUUAAUCGUGUACGACUUAAUUCUGGCCUUGUUCAAAGAUUUGGUGCACCGAUAGCUGUUCGUGUGCCCCGUGAGUCAAAUUAUCGUGCAUUGCAAUUGUCAAUCAUAAAAGCUCAACGAUCAAUCAUACGUGAUGAAGCCAUGGAGUAUGCACAAGAAUUUGUUGUUUUUCAAUUAUCAUUGAUUGAUCAAUAUCAAUCGACUUCUUGUGAAACAAUAAAAAAAGAAUAUCCAAUUCUGUAUGAUGUUCAAUGGCCACUUUAUCUUGAGAAAAUUGUUGAAAUACUUGAUGCAUACGAUGGUCCCGGCCUUGGACCCUCACAUAUACAAGUUUAUGCAAAUUGGCAUGAAAAAUAUCUCGGACAGUUUAUAUCGAAAUGGGGUUCAAGUGAUGAUAAACCAGAUAUUCAUCAAUCGGUUGCUCAAGCACGUGCAGCUCUACAUCAACCAUCAUCAUCAUCGUCGAUAUCUUUAGCUGAUUGUUUUUCAUUAUUUACACAAUCGGAAAGUUUAAAUCAUGAUGAUGCAUGGAUGUGUACACAUUGCCGUCGAAAAGAGAAUGGAACAGUAAAAAAUUUGAAAAUUUCUACAUUACCACCAGUUUUAAUUAUACAUUUAAAACGUUUUUGUCAAACAAAAAUGUCAAAUUCAAAAUUAGUCUAUCCUGUACAAUUUCCACUGGUGGGUCUUGAUGUUAGAGGAUUUUUAUCAACGAAAAAAAAUAAUGACGAUAGUGGAGUUGAUGAUGAUGAUCAACAACAAAAACAAUAUGGACUCUAUGACCUUUAUUCUGUUUGUAAUCAUCGUGGGAGUAUGUCAAAUGGACAUUAUACUGCGUAUUGUAAAAAUUCAGUAACAGAAAAAUGGUUUUGUUAUGAUGACCAUCUUGUAUCUGAAUUGGAUCCAUCUCGUGUAUGUACUCCAGAUGCAUAUAUAUUAUUUUAUCGUUGUCGUGAUACUCCAUCAUCUACACCAUCGGAAUCUAUUACUAAAUCAUCAUCAUCUCAUUCGCAACUACAACAAAUCGAUGCAACAGUAGAUGAUUUUGAUGAACGAUUAAAUCUAUAUUAUUCAUCAUCUUCAUCCAAUCUUCAAGCAUCAACACCAGAAGAAGAUUUAACCUGGCCAAUCACAAACGAAAAGCAACAUCAUUAUACUCUACAACCACCAUUACCAUUACCACGAAAACUUUUAACUCCACUACCAUCGACAUCAUCAUCCCCAGAUGAAUUUCCUUCAACACAAACAGCACCCUGUCCAAUGCCUCGAGUACGUAAACCACAGUAUAAAAUCGACGUAGAUAUGCUGCCAUCUGGAAUAAUCUUACCACCAUCACCUCCAACAAGACGACAACAACGAAUGACACCAACUACUAAUUAUCUCUAUCCGAUCUCAUCAACACCAUUAAAUAAUAUAAUUGAGCCAUUGAAUGAUUUUUAUUCAUCUUCACAACGGUAUAAUGAUACAGAACGAUUGAAUCCUUGGAGUCAUUAUAAUAGUCAACGAUAUGCUGAUAGUGAGCAGGAACCUACAGUAGUUUAUUCAAGAAACAUUUUACGAUAG